UCCCGCCGGCCGCAGCAUGGUGCGCGAGACCAGGCACCUCUGGGUGGGCAACCUGCCCGAGAACGUCCGCGAGGAGAAGAUCAUCGAGCACUUCAAGCGAUAUGGACGUGUUGAAAGUGUCAAAAUUCUCCCCAAAAGGGGGUCAGAAGGUGGCGUGGCAGCCUUUGUGGAUUUUGUGGAUAUCAAGAGUGCUCAGAAGGCACACAACUCCGUCAACAAAAUGGGAGAUAGAGAUCUUCGGACGGAUUAUAAUGAGCCAGGAACCAUUCCUAGUGCUGCUCGGGGAUUGGAUGAUACAGUUUCCAUAGCAUCUCGUAGUAGAGAGGUUUCUGGGUUCAGAGGAGGUGGUGGUGGGCCCACGUAUGGCCCCCCACCAUCGCUUCAUGCACGGGAAGGACGCUAUGAGCGGAGACUUGAUGGGGCUUCAGAUAACAGGGAGCGUGCUUAUGAACAUAGUGCCUAUGGACACCAUGACCGGGGGACAGGAGGAUUUGAUCGCACAAGACAUUAUGAUCAGGAUUAUUAUAGAGAUCCUCGAGAGCGGACUUUACAACACGGACUCUAUUACAGUUCUCGGAGUCGAAGUCCGAGCCGCUUUGACACUCAUGACCCCCGUUAUGAACCUCGGGCCCGGGAACAGUUUACCUUGCCCAGUGUGGUACAUAGGGAUAUCUACCGGGAUGAUGUCACACGGGAGGUACGAGGCAGAAGGCCAGAGCGGAAUUACCAGCAUAGCAGGAGCCGGUCACCGCAUUCCUCCCAGUCCAGGACCCAGUCUCCCCAGAGGCUGGCCAGCCAAGCAUCAAGACCCACCAGGUCCCCAAGUGGCAGCGGCUCUCGGAGUAGAUCAUCAAGCAGCGACUCCAUCAGCAGCAGCAGCACCACCAGCAGCGACAGUAGCGACUCCAGCAGCAGUUCAAGUGAUGAGUCUCCAGCCCGGUCUGUUCAGUCCACUGCUGUUCCAGCACCCACCUCCCAGCUGCUUCCAUCUCUGGAGAAAGAUGAGCCCCGGAAAAGCUUUGGGAUCAAGGUUCAGAAUCUUCCCGUGCGCUCCACAGACACCAGCCUUAAAGAUGGGCUGUUCCACGAGUUCAAGAAGUAUGGGAAGGUGACAUCUGUACAGAUUCACGGGGUCUCUGAAGAACGCUAUGGGCUGGUGUUCUUCCGGCAGCAGGAGGAUCAGGAGAAAGCGCUGAACGCCUCCAAAGGAAAACUCUUCUUUGGAAUGCAGAUUGACGUUACAGCCUGGAUAGGCCCAGAAACAGAAAGCGAGAAUGAGUUUCGGCCUUUGGAUGAACGGAUAGAUGAAUUUCACCCCAAAGCAACAAGAACUCUCUUCAUUGGCAAUCUGGAAAAAACCACCACAUAUCAUGACCUUCGCAGCAUUUUCCAGCGUUUUGGAGGAAUAGUGGAUAUUGACAUCAAGAAAGUGAACGGCGUCCCCCAAUAUGCCUUCCUGCAGUACUGCGACAUUGCCAGUGUGUGUAAAGCAAUCAAGAAAAUGGACGGGGAGUAUCUUGGAAAUAAUCGGCUGAAGCUGGGCUUUGGGAAGAGCAUGCCCACCAACUGCGUGUGGCUAGAUGGUCUUUCGACCAACGUAACGGACCAGUAUUUGAAUCGCCAUUUCUGCCGCUACGGGCCUGUGGUCAAGGUGGUGUUUGACCGCUUGAAAGGCAUGGCUCUAAUUCUCUAUAAUGAGAUAGAAUAUGCACAAGCAGCUGUAAAAGAGACCAAGGGGAGGAAGAUAGGUGGAAAUAAGAUCAAGGUGGAUUUUGCCAAUCGAGAGAGUCAGUUGGCAUUCUACCAAUCCAUGGAGAAAACGGGCCAGGAUAUCCGAGACUUCUAUGAGAUGCUGGCAGAGAGAAGAGACGAAAGAAGAGGAUCUUAUGACUAUGCUGCUGACCGCACUUACUAUGAGGCCGUGAGGACACCAGGGACAUAUCCUGAAGAUCCUCGAAGAGAGUAUCCAGCUCGUGGUCGGGAAUUCUAUGCAGACUGGGAUCCUUACCAGGGAGACUAUUAUGACCCACGCUACUAUGAUGACCCGCGGGAAUACAGAGAUUACAGAGGUGACCCUUACGAACAAGACAUCAGGGAAUACAGUUACAGGCAGCGGGAGCGGGAGCGAUUCGAAACUGACCGGGACCAUGAAAGGAGGCCUAUUGAGCGGAGUCAGAGUCCUCAUUCCCGUCGGCCCCAAAGCCCAGGAGCAUCUCCGUCACAGUCCGAGAGACUUCAGAGUGACUCUGAGAGGAGGAUUUACAGCAGGUCUUCAGAGCGAAGUGGUAGCUGCAGCUCACUUUCUCCACCACGCUAUGAAAAGCUGGACAAAGCCCGUCUGGAGCGCUAUGCAAAAGUGGAGAAGGCAGAAAAAGAGAGAGCCUUUGAGCAAGAGAGACCUGACAAAGACAAGCGGCUGGUUAGGAAAGAUAAAACAGAAAAACUUGAAAAAGAUAAAAUGGACAAACAGAAACGAAAAGCCAAAAUUCAUUCUCCCAGCUCUCAGUCUUCUGAGACAGACCAAGAAAAUGAGAGAGAGCCCAGUCCAGAGAGGUUAAAAGGCAGUAGUAAGCAGAGCAGGGAGAGAACUGAAAAAGAAGGGCCAGCUAAGAACCGCCUCGAACUGAUGCCAUGUGUAGUGUUGACUCGAGUCAAGGAGAAGGAAGGGAAAGUGAUUGACCAGCUGGCUAUGGAGAAACUGAGAGGGAAGCAAGAAAAUGACACCAUGAAGUCUCCCUUGCUGGAGCCAAAGCUGCAGGUGUUUCAGGCAGAGCUAGCCAAGUCAGAGCAGCUGAGGCUGGAGCCCAUCAGAGCGAAGGUGCCAAAGGAAAAGAUCCUUGCCAGCCAUGUUGAAGUAGUUGAUAAGGACGGGAAACUCAAGCCCAAGAAACACAUGAAAGCAGAACAACUGAGUGAAGUUACAAACCCAGUUGACCUGGAAAAGUUGGAGGCUCGCAAAAGGCGCUUUGCAGAUGUAAACCUGAAGCCCGAGAGGCAAAAAAUGGAAACCAAAAGAAUUUUUCAGGAGGAGGAGGAGGCGGCAGUGGCGGCACGCGUGGUUUUGAAAAAGCAGCCUGAUGUGUCAGUGGAAUCUGAACGGAAGUCCUUGAGGAAAGAAACAUUGAAAAGGGAUUCUAAGAAAAUAAAGGUGGAAAGACUAUUUCCUGUUGCCAGUCCCAAAGAUACUUCGGAGCCUGCAAGCAUUUCUGCAGCUGUUGGUUUGCGGCCCAGUUUAGAGCUGCAGGCCAGGCUGGGAGAGCCAGUCGAUGAGCUUGUGGAAGCCCUUGAGAUCCCUUCUUCAAGGAAGUUCAGUUCAGUGAAGCUGCAGCACAGACACCCCCAGCUGUUAGGUGAUCAAGGAGCAGAGAGAGACGAUGUACGGAAGAACUACUGCAGUCUUCCAGAGGAAAUGCCUGACCACAGACACGUCCAAGUGAAGCCCCUGUCGUCGGAUAUGGAGGAGAAAAUUCCUAUUGACAUUGAUCAUACACAGAGUUAUCGGAAACAAAUGGAGCAAAGUCGCAGAUUAAAGCAGCAAAUGGAAAUGGAAAUAGCAAAGUCUGAGAAGUUUGGCAGUCCAAAGAAAGACCUAGAUGAGUAUGAAAGGCGUAGCCUGGUUCAUGAGGUGGGGAAGCCCCCUCAAGACGUGACUGAUGACUCUCCCCCCAGUAAGCGUAAGAAGUCAUCUGACACAUUUGAUUUUGAAAUUAGCACUAAGAGGGAGAGAAACUAUCGAAGCUCUCGCCAAGUGAGUGAAGAUUCUGAGAGAACUGCUUGUUCUCCAAGCCUCAAACCUUUUCCUUUCCAUGAGGAGGAAGAGGUGCUGGAUUCCCCAAGGCUGAUGCCUUUAAAAGAAGCCAAAGAAUCACCAAAAAUAGAUGAAAAGGGCCCUGUAUGUUCUAAUAUGACCGCUAGAGAGGAUUCUCUGAAGCUUAAUCUCUGUGAUUCCAGUCAAAGAGAACAGAUGGCAGAAAUGGCCAAAAUAAAACUCUCUUCCCUGAAUUUCGAGGAGGAAUCCAACCGGUGGGAGCCUCCCCUGAAACUGGAGACUGGCCGAGUGGAUAUUAACUUCCCUAGCAGCACCAUCAAAAGAGACAGCCUUCGGAAACGGUCAAUUCGAGACCUGGAGCCAGGAGAGGUGCCUUCAGACUCUGAUGAAGAUGGCGACAGCAAGGCCCGGUCUCCCAAGGCCUCUGUGUUGCUGGAGAGCUCCCGCUUGUCUUUUUUAUUAAGGGACAGGGAAGAAAAGCUACGUGAGAGGGAGGAAAGGCUGCCAAUCUCCUUAGAGAGGAACAAAUUCUAUUCUUUUGCGCUGGAUAAAACCAUCACGCCUGAUACAAAAGCCUUGCUGGAGAGAGCCAAGUCUCUCUCCUCAUCCAGGGAAGAAAACUGGUCAUUUCUUGACUGGGACUCAAGAUUUGCUAGUUUUAGAAACAACAAGGACAAAGAGAAAGUGGAUUCUACUCCAAGGCCCAUCCCGCCAUGGUAUAUGAAAAAGAAGAAAAUUAAAACUGACUCUGAAGGGAAAUUGGACGAUAAGAAAGAGGAUCAUAAAGAGGAGGAGCAAGAGAGGCAGGAGUUGUUUGCUUCACGAUUCUUACACAGCUCAAUCUUUGAACAAGACUCAAAACGCUUGCAGCAUUUGGAAAGGAAAGAUGAAGACCUGGACUUCCUUUCUGGUAGACCGUAUGGUAGACAGUCUUCUCUGGAUGGAACCAACAGCAUCGCAGAUGUCUUGGUGCAGGAGCCAGUGGUUCUCUUCCAUAGUAGGUUCGUGGAACUCACUCGCAUGCAGCAGAAGGAGAAAGAAAAGGACAAGAAACCCAGAGAAGCUGAAAAGCAGGAAGAGAAGGAGAACUGCCCCAAAACACCUGAGGUGACAGUGCCUGAGAAGAAAGAGCCUGAGCAGCAGUCUCCCGUGUUAGGAGGAGGUCCGUUGCCAGUGGCCCUGGCCUUUCAAGAGCCAGAGAAGGCCACAAGUGAGAAAGUACCAGCUGAGCUGCCCUGUUCUAGAGAAGAAAGGCCUCCUGAAGCAGAAGAGCCUCUUCCAGAGCUUGUGGCUCCUUUGAAAGCGGAACUGCCUGAGCCACCUCUUGAAGCCCCUUCAGCUGCAGAAGAAGCUGCUCCUUCUACUGCAGGUCAUGAGGAGGACUCCGUCUCUGUGGAGAACCCUUUGUAUUUGGAUGCAAAGCCACCUACACCUGGAUCCUCUUUUUCCCAAACAGAUAUUGGCACAGACCCAGAAGCAGUUGCAGCCCCUCCACUAUUGGCCACGGUGUCUGAGGAGCCCUUGGAACCCAAAGAAGACAAUGUCUCCGUGGCCCCUGGACCAGAACCUGUUGCAAGUCAGAAAGCAGAGGGCGGGGCUGAGGUUAUCCCAGCAGCAGUUUCUGACACAGAGGUGGAAACUGAACCUCCAGUUGUUGUGAAAGACAAACGGCCUUGCAAGAACAAGCGGUCCAAAACCCCUGUCCAGUCUGCUCUUGCAAACAUUACUGAUAAACCUAUCACGAGGAAGAGUGAAAGGAUUGACCGUGAAAAACUUAAAAGAUCCGGCUCUCCCCGUGGGGAGGCGCAGAAGCUUCUUGAGUUGAAAGGAGAAGCAGAGAAGACUUUGAAGAAUGCAGCGAAAUCCCCAAGUGCAGCAGCAGCAGCAGAGCCAGACAACCCAGAGCCAAGUUUGCCCAUCAGCCGAACAAGGCGCAGAAACGUCAGGUCAGUUUAUGCUACCCCAGGAGACCACGAAGGUCCCUCGCCUGUGAAGGAUCCUGUGGAGCUGACCAGGUCUACCAGGAAAAGAGCUGAAAGAGAGCUCCCCGAGACCACAGUUGUCCCUACUCCUCCCAAAAGAGGCCGACCUCGAAAGUCACGUCACAAACCUGAGGAGGAGGUCUCUCCCAUCAAGACAGAGCCAGUACAGCUGGAAGCAGAAGAAAUGGAAACAAAAGAAGUAGUGGAAACCCCUAAACCUGUGGAAGGCUGGAGAUCCCCUAGAUCCCAGAAGCUACUACACAGCCAUUUGUCGGCUACCCCUGGUCAGCAAGGAAAGAAAGGCCGAGCAGAACCAAAAGUAGAGAUCUCAGCAGAUCCCGAAGAGCCAUCUGAACUACCUGGCCAUGGUUCAAAUGCAGGAGAAAAUGGCAGCAAGAUCAAGGCAGACAAAGAAAUCACUGCUGGUGAACAGAAGCGAGAAAGGAAAGACAUUGACUUGGACAAAAGCCCUCCUGAAGCCUGCCCAACUGAGAUUGUAGAAAGAAAACCUCCCCCAGAGAGGAUGACCAAGUCCAAGAGGGGAAGAUCUCGAAACAUCAAGGCUGUUGACAAAGCAUCCUUGAUUAAGAGCCUGAAAAGUGUCGAAAUCCGUCUCAAUGUGGAUGAGGUCAGAGGCGCUCUGCGGCCAAGUGAAGAGGAGAUGGAGCCCCUGCCAUCCUCGCCCAGAAACAAAAGUCCCCCGAAGGAAGACAAGUUGCCUGCCCAUUUCCCAAAGAGUGAGGCAGAAGAUGCCUUUCAGCACACAGGUCAGGACACCCCCUGUGAGCCAGCGCAGUUGCCUGAAGCGGUCCAGUUGGCCAAGCAGAUAGAACUGGAACAAGCAGUGGAGAAUAUUGCCAAGCUCACAGAAGGCCCAACUCUUGCAGCCUAUAAGGAGCAAGCAGCAGAUGUAGCUGAGGUCCGCCAGGAAGAAGAAGGAGACAAGCCUGCUCAUCAGGCAAGCGAAACAGAACUGGCUGCAGCCAUUGGCUCCAUCAUGAAUGACAUUUCUGUGGAGGCAGAAAGCUUCCCUGCUCCCCCACCAUAUCCUGCGGAAUCGGAACCUGAGAUGCCUGCAGAACCAUUAGUGCUGCCAGCUGCACGAGAGGACAUGGAGCCGGAAACAGACCAGGCAGUUAGCAACAUUUUGGAUCCAGCAGCUGCAGCUGAGCCACCUGCUCCCCCAGCCCCACCUGCUCCCCCAGCCCCCAGCAAGGAGGCUGAAGUGAGUUUAAGCAGCGAGUCUUCCGGCUCAGCACAGGAAGCAGAAAUCCCGCAGGAGACUGAUGGGUCUCGGAAAGAAAGGGGCCGCCAGAAGACCGCUCGGCCGAGGAGGAAGCGGAGUGCAAGCAAAAAAGGAGAUGCUGCCGAACUGAGGGCCGUUGAUUCUGAAAGCGUGGCAGGCAAAUCCCCUGUUGCCAAUGAAGUGAAAGGGAAACCAGAAGACGACACGAAAGAUGGCAAACCCAGCCCAAGCUCUUCUCUGGCUUCCCCUGAACCCACCGUUCCAAACAGCAGCCAGACUCCAUCCCGGGAGGAGCUUGCGACAGAAAGUGGCCCCCUGCCCAAACCUCCAGAUCCACGGAAUCCGCUGCCUCUGCCACUUCCUGUCGAAGAUGGGAGCCAAAUGGGGCUGAAGCUGCACUCAGCUGCCGAAAGUGCUGCUGUAACUCUGCCGCCAAGAGCCCUGAGCCCGUCUGGGGCAGCCGUUCCUUCAGCCGCUGUAGCUAAGCUGGUCACCCCUGUCUCUGCCGGGCUGGUUCCCCUCCACUCCAGUCCAGCGAAGGUGACAGAAUGGAUUGUGAAGCACGAGGAGCCCCGGGCACGCUCCACCCCUCCUCCUGCUCUUCCCCCAGAUACAAAGGCCUCCGAUAUCGACACCAAUUCCAGUACCUUGCGGAAAAUCCUGAUGGAGCCCAAGUAUGUGUCUGCAACCAGCAUUGCGUCUACACACGUCACAACGGCUAUCGUUGAACCGGUGAGCGCCCCUCGUGUGGAAGAGGUGCCGCCUCACCCCCCCACAGAGGCGGUGAGGCCAGGAACAGAGGAGAACCCAGCCGUUCCUGCCCCAAAUGCUUUGGACCCCCCUGCUGCUGAGGCCCCAGUCUUCACGGAGAAGGAGAAGAUCAUGACGGUCGUUGCUCCCAAGGCCACGUCUGUGAUCAGCAGGAUGCCCCCCAGUAUUGAUCUGGAGGAAGCCCCCCGAGCCACCCUGGUGAAGCCAGUGCCCCCACCGCAAGCAUCGUGCCUCAUCAGCUCCCUUCCUCUGAAGCACAAGCAGAGGCUGAGUGCCAACGAUGAGAGCCGCUUCCACCCCGGCUCCAUGCCCGUUAUUGAGGACCGGCCAGCUGAGAGCGGCUCCAGCCCGGGCCUUCGUGUCAACACGUCAGAAGGGGUGGUGCUGCUGAGCUACUCGGGACAGAAGACGGAAGGGCCACAGAGGAUCAGUGCCAAGAUCAGCCAGAUCCCUCCAGCAAGCGCUGUGGACAUUGAGUUCCAGCAGUCCGUCUCCAAGACCCAAAUAAAGCAGGAGCCUCUUGGGCCGGGCCAGCCAACCCCCAAGGCCUCUCAGGCCUCAGUGGGAUAUGGGAGCACUGCUGCCCCUGCGGCCCUGGUGCUGGGCACUCAGCAGUAUGGCUCUUCCCCGGUGCUCUCCUCCAUUAAACAAGAGCGUGGCAGCUUGGAGAAGUCCGAAGGCAUGCACCUUCCCCCCUUGGCACCUGCUUCCCAGCCAGGCCCAGUGAAGGUCCUCUCCCAGCCCAGCAACACUCCACCCAUCCUGGUCCACAGCCAGAUGGUGCUCUCCCAGAGCAUGGCUUCCAGCAACAAGAAGCUUCCAGACCCAACGGCCAUGAAGGUGGAGUCCAAGGCCCUGCAGCCUUCAAGCCUGAGCCCUGGCGUCGGCCCUCACCACCCCGCCAUGUCUGGCAAGAUGCACGCAGACGCCAACCACGUGAGCGUGGGGCCCGGCACCCCAGCCGACCGGGCAGUUCCUCACUUGGGCGUCUCGAAGCAGGAGCCCCUGUCCCCUCGGGCGAGCGGGCAUUCUCCUUCGCCGUUUCCAAGGGCCUGCCACCCUGGGGGGCCCUCUUCGCCCGCCUCGGUCAUGUUGGGGAUUCAGGGGUCUCCUUGCCCGGGCAUCCCUGUGCCUCAGUACAUCUCCAGCAUGCACCCGGAGCAGUCUGUCAUCAUGCCUCCCCACAGCGUCACCCAGACCGUGUCCCUGGGCCAUCUCGCCCAAGGGGAAGUGAGAAUGAACACCCCCCCGCUGCCUGGCAUGCCCUACAGCAUCCGCUCCGAAGCGCUCCACUCUCCCCGGGCAGCUCUGCAGCCUCCGCGGUCCAGCACGCCUCAGCCGGCUUCGGUCAGAGAGAUCGUCAUGCCGCCUCUGCCUUCCCAGCAUGCCCCAGAAGAGGAGAUGCACUACCACCACACCGUCUGCCGGGGGUCAGCUCCCGUGCAGUCAGACGUGCUGGUCAUGCAGCCAGACUUCCGCAUGCACCCGACCGGCAUUCGGCUGGACCAGUACAACGUGCCCCGAGAUGUGAGGAUGAUGAUGCACCCGCACAUGGCAGCAGUGGGCAGCGAGCAUCACCCAGAGACUCGGCAGUCCAGAACACCGGAAGGGGGAUCGGUCAAGACGCCGCCUGCCCCCAAGACCCUCCAGUCGGGCAAAGAGACCCCCAAGUCUUCGGAAGUCAAACUGGCUCACUCUCCACACAGCGAGGGGCGCCUCCUCAGCGGCCAGCUGCCCGGCUUGCCUCUGACCCAGCCAGUGGUGGUGCCGCACGGCGUCCAGAUCAUGCAUCCUGCCGGGAGCUCUUUCCAUGACUACCGCACGGUGUACGGCGACAUCCGGAGCUAUCACCCAGCCGCUCAGCUUGGCCCGCCUUCCUUCUCAGGGGCUCCCUCCAUGGGGCUGCCUUCCCGGAGCAUGACCCCCUCCCAGGGCCUGCCAGAAGGGGAGCAUUCGCACCCAAGUCAGCCGGCUCGCAGCAAAACGCCGCAACUCUCCCAGGAGCCAAAGGGGGCUCAGGCUCCAGGGCCUGACCUGACGCACCACUCAGCCGUCAGCCGGCAUGUCUCACAGAUGGAGGCGCACGUGCACCUUCCGAGAGCCCCGGCAGAGGCGGGCCCAACCUCCUAUCCUUCUCCCGUCGCCAUUUCUGUGAAGCAGGAGCUCCCUUCCCCACACCAGACGCAGGUGGUGCAGAAAGCAGCCCUCUUCAUCCCCACCACCACCGGGUGCCCUCCAGGACUGUCACUCUCCCGCCCGGAAGCUCAGUCAGCACUCAAACCGGACCCUGUUUCUCAAAGGCCUGUGGACAUGGUCCAGCUGCUGACGAAGUACCCGAUUGUGUGGCAGGGGCUCCUGGCCUUGAAGAAUGACACUGCGGCAGUCCAGUUGCACUUUGUCUCCGGCAACAAUGUCUUGGCACAUCGCUCCCUGCCUGCCCCAGAAGGGGGGCCUCCCUUGCGCAUCGCCCAGCGCAUGAGGCUGGAAGCAUCCCAGCUGGAGGGUGUGGCCCGCAGAAUGAUGGUGGAGAGCGACUAUUGCCUGCUUCUGGCCCUGCCCUGCGGACGAGACCAAGAGGAUGUGGUCAGCCAGACGGAGUCGCUGAAGGCUGCUUUCAUCAGCUACCUGCAGGCCAAACAAGCCGCCGGCAUCAUCAACGUUCCCAACCCCGGCUCCAACCAGCCCGCUUACGUCCUGCAGAUCUUCCCACCCUGCGAGUUCUCAGAGAGCCACCUCUCUCGCCUCGCCCCAGACCUCCUCGCCAGCAUCUCCAACAUCUCGCCUCACCUCAUGAUUGUCAUCGCGUCCGUCUGAGUAGCCGGCUGGGUGCAGACUCGCCUCUCCAAGGCACGAGAGCAGACACACAGGGGCGG